AGUCACAGCCUUGAAUCUUCCCAACCUGGGUCUCAAUGGCACCAUUUCUCCAUAUCUAGGAAAUCUCUCAUUUCUUGCCUCCCUCAAACUCAGUAACAACACUUUCCACUGCCAUGUCCCCAAGGAGUUGGGUCAUUUGCGUCGAUUGAAAGAAAUUUAUUUGGGAUACAACUCUCUUAGUGGGGAGAUUCCAUCAUCGUUUGGGAUCUUACCCGAACUUGAAGUCUUGGUCAUGCAUUAUAAUAGUUUCACAGGUGUUAUCCCGCCUUCCCUUGGCAACAUCACUAGCCUUGUGGUGAUGCGGUUAUCGGGCAAUCAUCUACAAGGGCAUAUUCUAGCUUGA